AUGUAUUCAGAUUCUGAUGGGUCAUCAUCCAAAGAUGAAGAAUCAUCAUCAUCCAGCGAUGAAGAGUCGUAUACCUACCAAAGAUUACUGAAAGCACGACGUGAGGAUGAUAUGUUAUCAUCAGCUAGAGUAACAAAGAGACUGACUGACACAUUCACAACUUAUAUGCCAGCUAUUGUAGCAAUGUCGAUGUUGAAGAGACCUCAUGGGGGAUCUGUUCCAAGAAGACGACAAAUUCCUCGUGACACAAUGCCUCGUCAUGAGGUAAUUGUUAGAGACUAUUUUAGUGGGGGAAACUCAAAAUACCCAUCGGAGCAUUUUCGUCGUCGCUUUAGGAUGCAUACUCAUCUCUUUAACCGCAUCUUAUGUGGCAUUGCAAGGUAUGAUGAUUUCUUUACACCUAAACCAGAUGCAACUAAUAAGUUUGUUAGCCCUUUACAAAAGAUGGGAGCAGCAGUAAGAAUGCUUGCAUAUGGUUGUUGUGAUGAUUUUCUUGACGAAUAUUUUCAAAUGGGUGAAAGUACCAUCAUAUUAAGCCUAAAAAAAUUCUGUGAGGCUGUUAUCGGUGUUUUUGAAGAACAAUAUUUGAGGAAACCUAAUGAAGAUGAUAUUGCACGGUUACUCGAAGAAGGGGAAGAGCGGGGAUUUCCGGGUAUGUUAGGCAGCCUUGACUGUAUGCAUUGGCAUUGGAAAAAUUGCCCGACGGCAUGGCAUGGAACACACACUAAUGGUUUUAAACGAGUCCCCACUCUUAUCUUAGAGGUAGUCGCAUCGAAAAAUUUGUGGAUUUGGCAUGCAUUUUUUGGAAUGGCGGGUACAAAUAAUGAUAUUACAGUAUUAGAUCGGUCUCCAUUAUUUAACGAUCUUGUAAAUGAAGUUGCUCCACCAUGUCAAUACACGGUAAAUGGCAAUAUUUAUGAUAUGGGAUAUUACUUGUCAGAUGGAAUUUAUCCUCCUUAUGCUACACUAAUGCAAACUAUUUCUGAUGGAACCACUCGUAAGGAAAGAUUCUUUGCUAAACGUCAAGAAGCCGUGCGAAAAGAUGUCGAAAGAGCGUUUGGAGUGUUGCAAUCAAGGUGGCACAUUAUCAAAGGACCAGCGCGUAUGUGGAGAGUUAAAGACCUUGGAAACAUCAUGAAGACUUGCAUAAUUUUACAUAAUAUGAUCAUUGAGAAUGAGCAGGAACAAGGAAUUGACCCAGAACGUUAUGAGCCGUACCAAAAGGUUGACAAUGUUACGGUGGAGCAUGACUCUUCACUACUUGUCGCCAAAAUUAUUAGUCGUUUAAGACAAAUUCGAGAUAAGGAGGUUCACAAUCAAUUAAAACUUGAUCUCAUUGAUCAUAUGUGGGACUUUUGUGGGGGCGAAGAAGUUUAG